GGGGGGCUGGGGGUGUGCGCGAGCGCCGGGCUCGAGUCAGCGGCGGGAGCGGCCGCGGGGUUCAAGCCGUGAGGCUGAGGGGGGGCGGAGGUGGUGAUCUUGGAUCGAUUGAUCGAUUACCGAAAGCGGGGAGUGCAGCCGUGAUCACCAUGGGAGAUCUAAGCGGGCUUGGGAUCACCGCCUACGAGCGGUAGGACCGGCGGGAACAUGGCGGAGAGGCUGGAAUGGGUGGAAAUCAUCGAGCCUCGAACGCGGGAGCGCAUGUACGCCAACCUCAUCACCGGGGAGUGCGUCUGGGACCCCCCGGCUGGGGUGAGGAUCAAACGCACCAAUGAGAACCAGUGGUGGGAGCUCUUUGAUCCCAACACCUCCCGUUUCUACUACUACAAUGCCACCACUCAGAGGACGGUGUGGCACCGGCCGCAGAACUGCGACAUCAUCCCUCUGGCCAAGCUGCAAACCCUGAAACAGAACACAGAGUCACCAAGGGCUUCCACAGAGAACAGCCCAGGGAGGAGCAGCAAUGUCAGCAGGGAGGGAAGCACCAGCUCCUCCUUGGAGCAGGAACUGGAGGGGAGUGAGAAGGUCCAGGAGCAGAGGUCAAGUCGCCAGUCAACCCAGUACGCCGUGGUCAAAGAAGAAACGGAAAGCUCAUCGCCCUCCGGAGUGUUUGAGAAAGACUACGACAUAUAUCGGGACUACACCGCAGAAGGUCAACUCCUCCACUACAGGACAUCAUCACUGCGAUGGAACGCCGGCACCAAGGAGCGGAUGCUGAUCAAGGUGACGGAUCGCGAGCCCAGCUUCCUUCUGCACCAGGGCAAUGGCUACGUGCCCGACAACACACCGGGCACCCGCUCGCGCCGGCCCUCAGGGGGCCAGCAGUCGCCCAACCUCCAAACCUUCACCCCCGAGGCUGACAACUCCGUUUUCUUCCCGGAGAGGAAACCAUCACCCUUCUUGAAGAGAGCUGAGCAUGUUGGGAGUUGCUCGCCCCUCCUUGGCCGAGGAGACACCUUCUGCUCUCCUCUCCAAACCCAACACCGCAAACACUCCAGCGAGUCCCAGCCUUCCUCUCCCCGCUACGCCUACGAGCCGCCCCUCUACGAAGAACCUCCCAUGGAGUACCAAGCUCCCAUCUAUGAUGAACCUCCCGUGGACAUGCAGUAUGAAGCUAGCGGAAGCUACAAAGCAGGUUCACCACAGAAGUCACCCAUCAGGAAGCCUCAUCCUUUCCUCCAGUCACCCAAACAAAGCUCCAACUCCCCCUACCAACAGUUAGUCCUCACCAAACAGAAAUGUCCCGACCGCUUCAUGAGCUUGGAGUACAGCCCAGCCGGCAAGGAGUACGUCAGGCAGUUGGUCUAUGUGGAGCAGUCAGGUUCUAGCCCCAAGAUGAAGACAGGUUUGAGGCACAAAUAUUCUCCCAACCCCAUCGGUGGAUCCUACUCACUGCAACACAGCCCUUGUCUGGUCCGUGACCAACGUUUGGAGAUAAAAUCUGGUGACUACAGCAGUAUGGAAGGACCUGAUUUCUGCCCUGGUCCUACAAGUGGCCAAGUGACCCAGGCUGAGGACUCCAUGUCAUGGUCCAGCCAGCAGGACACUUUGUCCUCCACUGGUUACUCACCCUCCACCCGAAAGAGGAAAAGCCGGAAGCCCUCCUUGUCCCAUGAGCCCAAUGCCUCCUCCACCGAUGGCUCGGGAGACCGGGAGGUGCUGAGUGAGCAGAUGCUGGGUGAAGAACGAGCUGCUCCACCACCCAACAGGUCACCCAUGAACCGUACGGAGAGCAAAGCGGUAGAGGCAGAGGUGGCACGGGGCUUCCCUGAACCCUUCUUGGCCCAAGCACGCCUGGCCUGGGAAGCCCAGCAAGCCCACUACCACAUGAAGCAACGCAGCAGUUGGGACUCCCAGAAGGAUGGGUCAGGCUAUGAGAGCGAUGGUGCCCUCCCUUUGCCCAUGCCAGGUCCCGUGGUGAGAGCCUUCAGCGAGGACGAGGCAUUGGCACAGCAGGAGAACAAGCACUGGAAGAGGAACACCUUUGAGAAGUUGGGUUUCCCUCAAAUCCUGCUGGAGAAGAGCGUUUCUGUCCAAACCAACCUGGCUUCACCUGAACCCUACCUGCAUCCAUCUCAGUCGGAGGACCUCGGUGCCUGCGCCCAGUUCGAGAGCAGCAGACAGACCAGGAACAUGAUGCCUAGUGCCAGCUGUGUCUUCCCCACCUUCAACCUACGCAAGCCCUCCUCAGAGACGGACAUUGAGAACUGGGCCUCCAAGCACUUCAACAAGCACACCCAAGGGCUCUUCCGUAGGAAGGUGUCCAUAGCCAACAUGCUGGCCUGGAGCAGCGAGUCCAUCAAGAAACCCAUGAUCAUGACCAAUGACCGUAACGUCAAGAAGGAGGCCUGUGAGAUCUUUAAACUGAUUCAGAUGUACAUGGGGGACCGGCGGGCCAAGACGGACCAACUCAGCGUGGCCUUGGAGAUCGCCACCAAAGGUUGGAGCAUGCAGGGGCUGAGAGAUGAGCUCUACAUCCAGCUGUGCCGACAGACCACCGAGAACUUCCGUUAUGAGAGCCUGGCCAGGGGCUGGGAGCUCAUGGCCAUUUGUCUGGCUUUUUUCCCACCCACUCCCAAAUUUCAUUCCUACCUUGAAGGAUACAUUUACAGGCACAUGGAUCCAGUGAAUGACACCAAAGUUUUCCGGCACAUUCAGGAGCUCCUGGCCAGGACCCACCAGAAGAAGCAAAAAUUGAGAAAGAAACCGCGAGCCCCCAGCCCGCAGCAGCAGGGGGUGGCCAUCAGCACUUAUGCCAAGUACUGCUACAACAAGCUGCAGAAGGCAGCUCUGACAGGAGCCAAGAAGGGCUUGAAGAAACCCAACAUUGAGGAGAUCCGUCACGCCAAGAACGCCGUCUUCAACCCGUCCAUGUUUGGCAGCUCGCUGCAGGACAUCAUCGCCAUGCAGAAGGAGCGGUACCCUGACCGGCAGCUGCCCUGGGUGCAGACCCGCCUCUCCGAGGAGGUCCUGGCCCUCAACGGGGACCAAACCGAGGGCAUCUUCAGAGUUCCUGGUGACAUCGAUGAGGUCAAUGCCCUCAAGCUUCAGGUGGACCAGUGGAAGAUCCCCACCGGCUUAGAGGACCCCCACGUUCCUGCCUCUCUGCUGAAGCUCUGGUACCGGGAGCUGGAGGAACCUCUGAUCCCUCAUGAGUUCUACGAGCAGUGCAUCACCCACUACGAGAACCCCGAGGCAGCCAUCGCGGUUGUCCACUCUCUGCCCAGGAUCAACAAAAUGGUGCUGUGCUACCUCAUCCGCUUCCUACAGGUGUUUGUGCAGCCGGCCAACGUGGCUGUCACCAAGAUGGACGUCAAUAACCUGGCCAUGGUGAUGGCCCCCAACUGCCUGCGCUGCCAGUCGGACGACCCGCGGAUCAUCUUCGAGAACACCCGCAAGGAGAUGUCCUUCAUCCGCGUCCUCAUCCAGCACCUCGACACCAGCUUCAUGGAGGGUGUCCUAUAGCAACCGCCACACAUUGUCCCCACCCCACCCACGAGUCUUCUCCUCUCUGACCCCACCUGGGUUGAGGAGCAUAGGUUCUGUGCUCCUCAAGGUUCUUCAAGGACCCUGCAGGGGUGGCUUGUGUCCAUCUUCGUCCCCAUCCAACUUGUCCUACAGCAGGACAUGGGACUUUUCCUCAAGCCCCUUGGUGACCUUCUGGCCAUCUCACUGCCCACCUCUUCGGAGGGAUUGGCCAUUUUGGGGGUCUCCAGGGAUGGCAGCAUCCACCUUGGGGAUGGGUGAUGUCUCCAUCCUGGGUGUCCUAUGGUCAUGGGUGGCAGCAGGUGACAAUGUGGAAGACCAGGGAGGUCAAAAGAAGAUGGAGGAGACCCAUCCAAUGGGACCAUGUUCCCAUCAACAGGAGCUCCACAUCUCCAUUGGGAUUGGGUCUCUGGCUGAGAGCAGAGCUGUGGGGCAGCCAUGGGGCAGGGAGGACAUCCAGGGCCAGGAGAAGACACCAGUGCUGAGCUGAGUUGGUGUCUAGUACUCGGAGAACAUGGGACAUCGAGGACCAGAGUGUCCCAGUGCCAAGAGAGGCCCAGCCCAUGGACACUGCUGGGGGCAUCUGAUGGCAGAGCUGGGUGCACCAAGGGGUGGGUGCUGAGGAGGGCCCUUUGGGAGUUGUGGCCCAGGGUUGGUUGUCCACCUUGGGGUGUGGCAGGGACCCAUCUCACCAUGUGUUGGCACCACCAGACCUGUCUCAGAACCCAUCAGGUCUGUUUGGCCUUGCUGCCAUCACAGGACCCAUCAUCUGCUCCUGGCCUUGAAAGGCCCAUCCUGACCCACAUCAUCUCUGCUUGGCUCUGCUGGACUCAUCUUGAUGUCUGUCAUCUCCAAUUGCUCCUCCUGGAUCUGUCUUGGUGCCCAUCAUCUCUGCUUAACCUUGCUGGGCCCAUCUUGAUACCUGUCAUCUCCUCCUGCUCCUGGUCAACCCAUCUUGGCACUCAUCAUCUCCUUCUUCUCCUGAACCCGUCUUAGUGCCCAUCAUCUCCUGCUCCUCCUGGACCUAUCUUGGUGUCCAUCACCUCCUCCUGCUUCUAGCCACCCAUCAUGGCGCUCAUCAUCUGCUCCUCCUGGACCAGUCUUGGCACUCAUCUCGGCACCCAUCUCCAGAUCCUGAACCCAUCUUGGCACUCAUCAUCUCCUGGUCCUGCCCAGUGUCUUGGUGCCCCUCAUCUCUGCUUGGCCCUAAUGGGCCCGUCUUGGUGCCCUUCAUCUCAUUCUCCUGGCCAGUUCAUCUUGGCACUCAUCAACUCCUUGUCCUCCUGGACACAUCUUGGUCUCCGUCAUCUCCUCCUGGUCCUGUCCAACCCAUCCUGGCACCCAUCUCCUCCUGCUUCUGGCCUACCCAUCAUCUCCUGAUCUUCUUAGACACAUCUUGGGGCAAAUCAUCUCCUCCAGGUACUGCUCAGUCUACCCUGGCACCCAUCUCUUUCUGCUCCUAGUCAACCUGUCAUGUCCUCGUCCUCUUAAACCCAUCUUGAUUCCCAUCAUCUCCUGCUCCUGGUCAGCCCAUCAUCUCCUGCACCUCCUAGACCCAUCUUGGUACUUAUCAUUUCCUGGUCCCCUAGACACAUCUUGGUGCCCAUUGCCUCCUCCAGGUGCUGCUCAACCCAUCUUGGCACCCAUCUCCUUUUACCCAUCAUCAUCUGCUCCACUUAGACACAUCUUGGUGCCCAUCAUGUGGUCCUCCUGGACAUACCUUGGCACCCAUCGUGAUCUGCUCCUCCUGCACCACCCACUUGACCACCUCCUUAUGUUAUUUCCCAUCCCCACCACUGGAACUCCCCCACACCCCAUCCAGGAAGUGUCCCCCCACCCUACAGAUGCCCCCCAAGUGCCUUCAGGGCCAAGUGGGGCCAUAGAGGGCAGCCACUGGGCAAGUGGGGGGCACCCACUGGGUGUACACCCAUCAGAGGAUCAAGAUCUAUAGGAGUUACUAAUUAGGACCCUCUAAUUAAGCUAUUUUUGACAGGGGAGGUGUCCCCAAAGUGAGGGUCUCCCAGAUGGGAGGGUCACCAGAAUGGAUGGAGCUCAGAGUUGGGGGUCACCAGAGCAGAAGCACUCUAGAGUGAGGAGCACCCAAGAUGAUAGGUGGGGUCUGCAGGGUGGUCCCCAGAGGAGAAAGUCCUUGGAAGGGGAGGGGCAGAGGGGUUGUGAGUCACCCCCUAUAGAGAGUCUCCAAGAUGGGGGGGGGCAAAGAUGGGAGAGUCACCCAAAUGGGUGGUCUUCAGGGGGGCACCAGAACAGGACCACCCCAGGGUGGGGGGCAGCCAAUAUGGUGGGGCUGUGGUCUCCAGGGUGGUCCAAAGAACCUCGAGUGGGGGUGUGGUUCCUAGAGUGGGCGGGACUCAAAAUAUGGUGGGCAGGAUCCAGGUUGGUCCCUGGGGAGCUGUCCCCAAAAGGAGGAGUCCCUAAGGCUGUAGAACCCAAAGCUGGGGGUCCCCAAGGUGGUGGAAUCCCCAGAGGGGUGCUCCCCAAAAUGUGAGAGUCCCCAGGGUGGGGAGGUCCCCCAGGCAGGAGCACCUCAGGGUUGGAAGGGGGCGGGGUCACCCAAGGUGGAGGAUGUCCCCAAAUGGGGGAUCUCCCCAGGAGGGGGGGGGUGGUCUCCAGAGUUUGGAGGGGUCACCCAACACUACCUCCCAGCUCUGCUCACUGCCAGGGGAUGGGGACACACACAUACAAAAACACGGUGCCAGGGGGGUCCCCACUCCCCCCCCUUAACAUCAGCUAAUUAAGACUCAUUAAUUCCUCCCCACCUCCCAUUUGAGUCCCUUUUUGCCCCAUUUUGGGUUUAUUUAUUGUUAAAAUAAGGCAAAAAAUUCUAUAAGGGACAAAACAAAAUCCACCAUCCCCCCCCUUCCACCCAGCGAGCUGGGGGGGGUGGCUUCUGACUGGGGGAUGUAUAGAAGCCCUGCCCACCCCCCCACCCCCACCCCACCCAUCCCCGCGUGUGAAUAAAGCAACGUAUGGAGACAA